AUGCGUCAUGAAUUUGCCUCGCUGAGGUCAUUGCGUGCGAAACACCUCCGUAUCCGUCCAGGCAGGCUCUCCCUUCUCACAAAGAGAUGUCAUCGAUGUAACAGCUCAAACACUACGCCGCCAGUGCAAGAGCCCAUUAUAUUUUCUGGGAUCCAGCCAACUGGCGUGCCUCAUUUGGGCAAUUAUCUAGGAGCUUUACAUCAAUGGGUGAAGCUCCAGCAAAAUGCAGCCGAAGGAACCAAGCUAUUUUUCUCUAUUGUUGAUCUACAUGCAUUGACAGUACCGCAAGACCCAGCCCAAUUGAAGAGAUGGAGGAAGGAGGCCUUUGCAACGUUGCUUGCUGUUGGCCUGGAUCCUAAGCGCUCUACAAUAUUCUACCAGUCCGGUGUGCCGGCACAUACUGAGUUGAUGUGGAUUCUCAGCACGGUGGCUUCCAUGGGGUAUCUGUCGCGUAUGACACAGUGGAAGAGUAAGCUACAGUUGCCAGACGACGCCACGCUUGAUGAUUCGACGGCACGGGCACAACUGCGACUUGGUCUUUUCUCCUAUCCAGUACUACAAGCUGCUGAUAUCCUUGUGCAUAGAGCUACCCAUGUACCGGUUGGAGAAGACCAAAGACAGCACCUGGAGUUUUCCAGAUACACUGCGAACAGCUUCAACCACCUCUAUGGGCCCAUAUUCCCCAUCCCAGAGGCAUUGAUAUCCCCUGCCAAGCGAGUGAUGUCCCUUAAGGAACCCACCUCAAAGAUGUCUAAAUCGCACGCCGAUGAGAAAUCCCGGAUCAUCCUUACCGACUCGCCGGCCGAAAUCCACAAGAAGGUCAAGGUAGCCCUGACAGACUCGGAAGCAAGCAUCACUUACGACCCGACCUAUCGGCCUGGGGUGUCUAAUCUCAUCGAGAUCCUAAGCCAUUUGGAAGGUUUAUCAUGCGAGGAUAUUGCGGCUGACUUCCACAGUGCAAGUCUCCGAUCACUCAAGGAACAUGUUGCUGACCGGAUCGCCUAUCAUUUGCAGGAGAUCCGGGAUCGGUAUAUUACAAUCAUGGAGGAUAAGACUGGGUACCUGGAGUCAGUGGCUGAGGAGGGAGCCGAAGCAGCGCGGGCCAACAGUCGGGUGACCAUGCAGCAAAUUCGGGAUGCGAUGGGUCUGUAA